AUGGCUACUGCAAAAGCUCUUGAACCUGCAUUCCAGGGAGUUGGUUCUAAACCACUUCUAAUGGGAGAGGAGGUGCUUAUGGAUAGGACAUACACUCCUGGUUGGGAAAAGAUACAAGCAAUGUAUAACAACAUCUUAUAUCCCAUAUUAAGUAACACUUUUUUUUUAAGAAAAGUUCAAUUCAAAUCAACUAAAUGUGAUAAUCAGGAUGAAGCUGGAACAGCUGCAAUAAAAAUAGUUGAGCUUGAUGUGAUUCUUGGAGGGCGUGGUGUUGCAACUGGAUUCAAGAAACCUGAAGAAAUGGAAUUUGAAACAAGAUUGUACAUAUGCAAAGGGAAAAGAGGUUCAUGUGAAGCAGAUUCAAUUCUUUCGAUUCUUUGUGAUCAUGGUGAUGUGUUUAUCUUGGAUACUAAAGAGAAGAUCUUUCAAUUCAAUGUAGCAAACUCAAACAUUCAAGAAAGAGCUAAAGCUCUCGAGGUUAUUAAGUAUUUGAAGGACACUCCUUGGAUUCAGAAGAUGUGGAGCAUAGUUCUAUAA